AAAGCCCAGGCCCCAACUUCCCCAAGCGACGAAGAAGAACACUUCCGUUUUCCUUUCCUCUCCCUACCCGCUGCUCCGCUCCUCCGCCAUCACCGAAUACCGAACAAAAACCAAUGUCGAGCAAAAUGGGGAGAGCGCGAGCGGCGGAAGAAAGCCACUAAAUCGAGUUGACAGCGCCCAGCGGAGCAUGGAGCGCCCCCGCGGGGAUUUAUGACACCCUCCCCACAAUGCGGACCUCCCUUUCGGCUCCUCGUCUCACUUAGAAUUGCCAACUAGCGCCGCCGCCGCUAAUUAGGGUGCGAUUGUGAGAGAUCGCGGCCGCUCUUCUCGUCGUCGCCUGCAGUAUUCUUCCGUCCAAUAUUCACCGGCAGCGUCGGGAUGGCGACGAGUUUGAGGAACGGCGUCGACGGGCAGAAUGCAGUUCGCUCGCGCUGAGUAGACGGCGGCAGCGGCGCUGGGGGAGAAAAAAGGGGGAGUGAGAGCUACAUUUUUUCCAGCCAGGCCGGAUAGCUAGCUUUGGCUAGCUACAGUGGAUCCCAAAAGCCACGGCGCUGGUCAUGCCUUUGAGUGUGCGGGCCGGGAGCCUGAAGGACCCGGAGGUGGCCGAGCUCUUCUGCAGGGAGGAUCCCGAGAAGCUCUUCACGGACCUGAGGGAGAUCGGACAUGGGAGCUUCGGCGCGGUCUACUUUGCCCACGACAUCCGCACCAAUGAGGUGGUGGCCAUCAAGAAGAUGUCCUACAGCGGCAAGCAGUCCAAUGAGAAAUGGCAGGAUAUCAUCAAGGAAGUGAAGUUCCUCCAGAAACUGCGGCACCCCAACACGGUCGAGUACCAUGGCUGCUACCUGAGGGAGCACACGGCAUGGCUGGUGAUGGAGUACUGCUUGGGCUCAGCUUCUGACCUGUUGGAAGUCCACAAGAAGCCCCUCCAGGAAGUGGAAAUAGCUGCUAUUACCCAUGGUGCACUGCAGGGACUGGUCUAUCUUCACUCGCACAACAUGAUUCAUAGGGAUGUGAAAGCAGGAAACAUCUUGCUCACGGAGCCUGGUCAGGUCAAGCUGGGUGACUUUGGUUCUGCCUCCAUCGUCGCCCCGGCCAACUCUUUUGUGGGAACACCUUACUGGAUGGCACCCGAGGUAAUUCUGGCCAUGGACGAGGGUCAAUACGAUGGAAAGGUGGAUGUGUGGUCACUUGGCAUUACGUGCAUAGAGCUGGCGGAAAGGAAGCCUCCUCUGUUCAACAUGAAUGCUAUGAGUGCCUUAUACCACAUCGCACAGAAUGAGAGCCCCGUGUUGCAGUCGAAUCACUGGUCCGAUUAUUUCCGCAAUUUUGUGGACUCGUGCUUGCAGAAGAUUGCGCAGGACAGACCUACCUCUGAUGUGCUGCUCAAGCACCAUUUCCUAUGCAGAGAGCGUCCCAUGACCAGCGUGAUGGACCUCAUUGCCCGCACCAAGGAUGCUGUCCGUGAGCUCGACAACCUGCAGUACAGGAAGAUGAAGAAAAUCCUUUUCCACGAGGCCCACAAUGGGCCUGCGCCAGAAGGGGCUGACGAGGAAGAGGACGUGGAGCAGUACAUGCUGCGCACGGGCACCGUCAACAGCAUGGAAAGCUCCCACUCGCUGCCGUCCAUGUCCAUCAGCGCCAGCUCCCAAAGCAGCUCCGUCAACAGCCUGGCGGACGGCUCGGACGACAGCGGCGAGAUGGCCAUGAUGCAGGAGGGCGAGCACACAGUCACCUCCAACAGCUCCGUCCUGCACAAGCCCCUGAGUCACGAUAACAUCUACGAUGACCCCUACCAGCCUGAAGUGGACUUGCAACGAGAUGCUUCAUCCGCUGGUGGAGGUGGAGCAGGAGGAGGGGGCGGCGGCGGCGGAGGAGGAGGGAGGCGCCGUCGAGGCCGUGACCAUUUCGCCACCAUCAGGACCGCCUCGCUCGUCACUCGCCAGAUCCAAGAACAUGAGCAGGGAUCGGCCCUGAGGGAGCAGAUGUCUGGGUACAAGCGUAUGCGCCGGCAGCACCAGAAACAGUUGAUGGGUCUUGAGAACAAGCUGAAGGCGGAGAUGGACGAGCACCAGCUGAGACUGGACAAGGAAUUGGAGAACCAGAGGAACAGCUUCUCGAUGGAGGGUGAAAAGUUGUGCAAGAAGCACUCGGCUAUCAUGGAAAAGGAGACCAAGGCGGUCCUGACUGAGGAAAAGAAGUUCCAGCAACAUAUACUCGGCCAGCAAAAGAAGGAGUUGACAACUCUGCUGGACUCUCAGAAACGACAGUAUCGACAACGCAAGGAGCAACUCAAAGAGGAGCUGAACGAGAACCAGUCUACGCCUAAGAGGGAGAAGCAGGAGUGGCUGGUGCACCAGAAGGAGUGUCUGCAGCAGCUCCAGGCCGAGGAGGAGUCGGGCCUGCUGAGGAGGCAGAGGCAGUAUUAUGAGCUCCACAGUCGCCAGUACAAGAGGAAGAUGCUGCUGGCGCGCCACAACCUGGAGCAGGAUCUGCUCCGAGAGGACCUGAACAAGAAGCAGACGCUGAAGGACCUGGAGUGCGCCAUGCUGCUGCGCCACCACGAGUCCACGCAGGAGCUGGAGUUCCGCCAGCUGAGUCUGGUGCAGCGCACCCGGGCCGAGCUGAUCCGCACCCAGCACCAGACGGAGCUCACCAACCAGAUGGAGUACAACAAGCGGCGCGAGCAGGAGCUGCGUCAAAAGCACGCCGUGGAGGUCCGACAGCAGCCAAAGAGCCUGAAAUCUAAAGAGCUGCAGAUAAAGCGUCAGUUCCAGGACACGUGCAAGAUCCAAACCCGCCAGUACAAGGCCCUGCGGAACCACCUUCUGGAGAACACGCCCAAGUCGGACCACAAGGCCGUGCUGAAGCGCCUGAAGGAUGAGCAGACCCGCAAACUGGCCAUCCUGGCCGAGCAGUACGACCACUCCAUCAAUGACAUGCUGUCCACGCAGGCUCUGCGACUGGACGAGACGCAGGAAGCCGAAUACAAGGUGCUGCGCAUGCAACUGCAGCAGGAGCUGGAGCUGCUCAACGCCUACCAGAGCAAGAUCAAGAUCCACACGGACACGCAGCACGAGAGGGAGGUCAAGGACCUGGAGCAGAGGGUCUCCAUCCGCCGCGCGCUGCUGGAGCAGAGGAUCGAGGAGGAGAUGCUGUCGCUCCAGAACGAGCGUUCCGAGCGCAUCCGCGCUCUCCUGGAGCGUCAGGCCGGCGAGAUCGAGUCCUUCGACUCCGAGAGUUUACGUCUGGGUUUCACCGGCAUAUCCCUCACGGGCCUCCCGGGCGACGCCUACUCCAAGCAGGGUUACCCCAACGCGCCGCCUCCUGCUCCCCGCUCCACCAGCCACUGGAGCCACGGGGUGCACCCCCAGAGCGCACCCCCGCCGCAACCCUCGCGACGCAGCCACAACAGCGGCGGAGGAGGGGGAGAAAGAGUGGAGCGAAGGGGUGACUCCUCGUCCUCACACUUGGCUAUGGCGCUGGCGAUGGCGAGGGACGGGGGGAGGGAGGCGCACCACUCGUCCCACUCCUCCUCUUCGUCGUCCUCUUCCUCGUCUUCCUCCCACCACCAGCGCCACCACCUGCCCCAGCACUACCACCACCAGAGCACGCCGCAGUUGUACCGAGAACGAGAGCGGGAUAGGGACCGGGAACGCGGGAAGGAGAGGGACUGGCCCGGAGUGCGAGGACCCGGCGGAGAUCUGGUCCACCCUCUGCCCUUGCCCUUCUCCCAUCACCUGCCCUCGCGCUCCUCCUCUCAGUCCCUCGCCAUGCUACCUCCGCCGCCGCCGGCCCCUCCGUCCGUCUCCGGCCCGUCGUCGUCCUCGUCUUCCUCCUCGUCCUCGCAGGGGGGCGUCUACGGGGGCAUUCGCGCCGCCCCCAGCCUGUUGGCUCUGAGAAACAGCCCCCAGCCUCUGAGGAGGACGGCGUCCGGCGGGGGGCCCGGGGCGGCCGUCGGCCCCGACGCCGUCCUGAGCCGGAGCACCUCGGUCACCUCGCACAUCUCCAACGGCUCGCACCUCUCCUACUCCUAGGCCGAGGGUUCUCAAAUCUUUUGGGUCCAGGGACACCUUAGGAGGGAGAAUUUUUUCCGAGCGCCAUUUAAACGUAAGUACUGUUGUGGAAAAAAAUGACACGUUCGAUAUAGAGAAUACAGUGCUAUACACAGCUCUGGGAAAAAUUAAGAGGCCAAAAAUUCAAUUGGACCUUUUUGGGUAUUUUUACCAUUUUUCAUUUAUUGCAAAUAAAUUCUCUGAAUGAGUGAUUCUCAAAGUGGGACACGGAUACCCUCUAGUGGCACCUAAAAGAAUCACUGCCUAAGUACAAUUCACUUGUAUUUAACUUUUGAUUUUGAUACAUUUACAUUUAAUAUUUAAGAACUGUUGGUUUUUAUAGAUUCAUGUAUAGUUUUCAUUUAAGUAUUACGUGCAAUACAUUUUAAUUGAAUCAUUCAAGUACUGUGUGUGUGUGUGUGUGUGUUCCCAUAUUUAAGCGCAUUGCUAAUCUUCAAACUGUAUAAUGUUGCAGUGUUACAAAUACUAAUUAAUGGCACAAUCAUAGAAAGUGAUCAUUUUGCUACGGUCUUGUAAUUUUUAACAGAGCUGUAUAUACCGAAACUCCACGAGUAAUUGAUGCCCACCCCAAAAAGUUUGUAAUUUCCAAUAGAUACCACAAGAUGGCAGCAAAGCACUUUUUUUUUUCCUAUUGGACAAGGCUAUGGCCUGACUAAAUGAAGCGCCUCCACUCACUUCAACCAAUUUCCUGGGCUCAAGAUGGUGCCAAAGCAAUAUUUUUGUAUUAGACAUGGCUUUGGCAUGAGUACAAAAACAGCAAAUAGGUGAGUUUUUCUUAAUUCUCUAAAAGAAUUGGACUGUUUUCUCAAAUAAAAUGUCUCAUUCUGUAAAAGUAGUACUUUACUCCCACACCGUAUUCAAGCAGGGAUGUCAGAUUUAUGUGAUAAAACGGUGGGACCUUGACUUUUCUUGCUUUGACUUGAGAGCAAAAUUUGAGAUACAAGUGCUAGAUGGUGGCCGCGAGUUCAACUUGACGAACUUCACAACAAACUGCAUUUUAGCGAAGGGUGCACAAUUACAGAAUUACACCAUGUGUAUUCCAAACAACCACAUAGCAGACAUAUAUUCUUUAUCCUCUGUGAAAACGACUAAUAUUACUGCAACUUACUGAGUCGGUUGUGAAACUCUUCUUCGUUUGUGCCUGUGUCUAUUAUACUACCCCCUGGUGGCCAAGGUGCGUAUCAGGAGACGCGCAAUGUGGCACUGGAACGGAAUAAUGUCAUUUCCAUUCAUUUCAAUGGGGAAAAAUGUUCAAUGAUGAGGGUAGUUAUGGAAUGAAUUAAACUCGCAAGUCAAGGCACCACUGUAUGUCGCAAUCAUAUCAGGCGCUUUUAAUCGACCCAAAGUAAGGUAGGGAGGUUUAAUUGUUUGUUUUUGUGCCGAUCUACGACAUGAUCAUUUAUUAUUAUUCAUUAUUUUGCGGCUCCCCCGGGGUUCCCGGACCCCGGUUUGAGAAUCACCGUCCUCGCCCGAUUUAGGACCGUAGCUAUCGCAGGCUGCGUCUCAAUGCCAAUGUCAACUUGCUUGGACAUCCGUGGACAGGCGAGGCAAGCCGCCCCCCCCCCCCCCCCCCCCCCCCUUACUGAGCUGCGUCCCGUUUCCUUUAUCCGCUCAGGGUGGGAGAGAGGAGAGAGGAAUGUAACACCACCACGACAAACAAAAUAGUGUUCAACGUGUUUUUAUACUUUCUAGGAGACUUUUUCUCUCUCUCUCUCUCUCUCUCUCUCUCUCUCUCUCUCUCUCUCUCUCUCUUCCCUAUAAGAGCUGCAGAUUCGGCAGCUGUGUCUUCUUCAAUGAUGUUCUAAGCUGGAAUGGAGAAACAGAGAAGACAGCGGAGAAGGAAAAGAGCCACUUGGUUAUUGUUUCGGUGUACGCACUGUACUUGUAUCUAGUGUCCAGAUAUAUAAGCACUGCUAAUCCAACCUCUGGGAAAGAAGAAAACAAAAGAGGAAUCACUUAAAAAAAAAACAACAAAACAAAAAAAAACUCUUAUUUAAUGUUUUGUUCAUUUUUUGUAUUAAAUGUAGGGAGUGGGGGAAAAAAAUGAUGUUGCUUGGAGCGUCACCAAUGCCUUUAAGGGUUUCUUAAAGGGAUGUCAUGUCAUCAAAAUGUGCAUUUGAUGACCACAAUUGAAUGUUUGUAAAGAGGAGACACCAGUGUAAGGAUGUGUACAAAGAAGGAAAACGAUAUUAAUAAUUCAGGCAUCCAUGACAUAUUGAGUAUCUUAACGUGUAGGUGUCUAAAGGCGUCACUUCAAUGCAUGAGCUCGUUGUGCAAAGACAUUCGUAAGCAUCACCAAACAUAUUUGAAAUGUAACGUACCCGUCUCACCGCGCCACAUUUUUGUAUCUUUAUUGUACAUAUUUAUGUGGAAUAUUAUAAGCGAAACACCGGUUUUAUAGAGUUAGGCAGAUGCCGACCAGUAAUUUUUGAUAUACAGUGCUGUAUUCAAAUGAGUGUUGAAUUCAAGAUUUUAGAGCCAACGACUCCAAAUGCAUUUUCUAGAGUUGUCAAUAUGAGUAUAGGCAAUCCUGAUUGUAGCUGUCCUUGUAUCAUGUUCUCACUAUUUCAACCCUGCGGUUGCAAAGCUGUAAAAACGAGAAAGACAAAAAAAAAUACUGUCAGGUGCAGUUUGUGUUUGAGGUAUUAAUGAUUAUUAAUAAGGGAUUAUUGAUAAUUGUUAAUGAUUUAUGUAUGUGCGUUGAACAGUGAAGUCUAGUUAUGAUGACACUUUUUUUUUUUUAAAAGACAAUAAUCAAAAGACACUACAGCAACCUGUUGUGGAAUUAUAUAUAUAUAUAUAUACAUUUUCUAUUUUGUUUUAGCGAUCAUUCGGACAGACGCGAGGCCAUCGGCAUUUGGUAGCCGAACAUCGUAAACCUCCGCCUGAAGCCUUAGAACAACCUGAAGAUUUCUCACUUUCGCUUUGUAUCACUUGUGUUGAUGCUAAGUUCCGCUACGGCCGUCCCAAUAGACUUGACCUGGCUUUUUUUGCGCGAAUGCCUACUCCUAAGAGUUCUGUGUCGUCAUCAUGUUUUGAGAGACUUGCCGUGGGUAGCGGUAAAUUGUACUCGGAGCGGCGCGGAGAGGCCAUAAAGCAGACUCAAGCCGGCGCUGAACUGCAGUCAGGCACAGAAAAACUUAGCGACGCUCAAAAACCGACAAACCUAAGCUGUCAAACGACGUUUGCGUCAUGUCUGUCCAAAUGAAACCUGACAGAAAAUAGAACAAAUGAUACAUACAUACACUACUCCCAAAACGUCAAGAGGAUAUUGGGUUUUUGGGUGAAAUUUCAAUUUGCAGGCCAACUCAAUCAGCUGUUUGAUCCAUGAAAAUUUCCAAGGACGUCCAUGUCUAUGCCUUUCUGUGACUCUUCCAGUCGCUCUGGAAAUUCUAAGCUGAGUUGACACUUGAUCAACUGUGUCGUCGUCUCGGUCUCGAUUCUAAUUGAAACAGGAAAUACUGUGUAUUGGUAGACUCACGUUCGGUUGACCUGUAAAGCUUCUCGUGCAUUUUAGGUUCGCCCUUAAAUUUCACCCCAAAUCGGAAUAUUCCUAACUUUUUGGGAGUCGUGUAUAUACAGUAUAGAAAUAUAUAUAAAGCAAUGGCGACUCACGGGAACUCUGACCUCCUCCUCCGAUUUUGUACAAUUGGCCACUAGAAUGUAAAGGUUGUUCAUUUAUUUAUUUUUGAGUGUUUUUAUUUCAAUUCAGGACUACACACAGAAAGCACAGGGAGAGAAGGACACUGAAAAGACGGACAUGCGGACAGGAGAGGGCCAGGCCGGGGCCUCGACUGAGCUGCUGGCUCGGUCGGUGCAACCGCUCGCUUCUGAGCCGGCGGCGGUGAUCGGAGCAGCCUGUCGGCAGACGCUGCCGGGGCCCGAACGGCCCUCUCCCCGCCUCACAUGACCUGUCCAAAUCUCCUCCCCACAGGCCGAAAAGGACUAAUCUCAAUUGGAAGGGGAAAAUAUAAUCACCGUUGUUUGUUUUAACUCAGAAACACCAGCUCAAGACAAUUCCUUGCGUGAAAGGUUUUGGUUGUAAUCUCGGUGCAUGCAUGCGUAAAGACUUCUUAUCUAAACAAGAGACUGGUAACCUGCUCGUUUGUGCGAGAGGAGAAAAUGCGGCAGUGUCGGCGGACGACGACUUGUCAGUGUCGACUUUGCGGAGGCAGAAUGAGGUCGUGAGAUGUGCAGCUUCGGUUGUUUUGAUUAUUCCAAUCAAGCAUUCAGAGUUUAGGGAGGAAACGAACACAUGUAUUGGGAAGGAAAUGGGGAGCUUUAAACAAAAGAUAAUAAACUGAUAUUAACACAA